ACAUAAAAAAUAAAAAAAUAUCCAGACUCUUUCAACAAUGUCAUCCGGGAUUACAGUUGAAGACCUUCAUUUGUUCCACAAAAUUGAUAGAGAUGUGUUCACUCGACUAGUCGUGUGCCUAUCUCGCGAUCCAGCAGAGUCACUUCUGGUUCUGGCUAUGUGGCUAUGGUUAGAAGAAGUGCGUUUUCCUAGCCUAAUAGACAAAAUGGUUAAAUUACCAGAUGGAAUUGUGAUUAAGUUGGCUGAAGAAGGUGCUACUUGUUUAAAAUGGCUCGAAUCUAAAGUGCCUCCUGUGCCUACUGAUGUAGGGGACAUGCCUUCUACUACUAUAAUAUUGAAGAGAAACAUUUCAUUCAACAUGUUUUACCAACAAAGGUUCACUAUGAUAAGUGGAAUCAAGACGCUCUUGAACAAGGUUUGCGCGAUUAUAUUUACUGACAUUUUACAUCAAAUCAUGCCAGGAAAAUCAAGAGUCGUUCUGAAUUCUCCUAUUCCUAUUCCUGGAUUUCCUCAUCCAACAUAUGGUGCGAUAACCGUUGUUCCAAGAACCUUAGAUUCGAUAAUUCCUAGCAGAGGAUUAUGGGGUUGGUCACUAAAAUCCGAUGCACCAGUGGACGAUAGGACUAUGUUUUUAACAUUUUCAAGGGGAUUUCCUGUUACUGAAGCAGAAGUGAAGGAACUCUUUAAUUCUUACCAUGGGAUUGAUUGCGUUGAGAACGUUCAUAUGGUGCCAUCGGCUUCUUCAUCGGAUCAUUCUCUAUAUGCUAGAAUGGUGGUGCGUGAUGUUUCAACCAUUGAUCAGAUUUUAUGCAACGGUUCCAUUGCAAAGUUUAGGAUUAAUGGUAAACAUGUUUGGGCACGAAAAUAUGAACGGAGAGAGCACCUUGAUAAAUUUUAUUGAUUACUAGGCGGAUGAUGCAAAACUAGAGACUAAAUUUCACUAUAGAACUAAUCUACGCUUGUGAUGAGUGUUUCAAAAAUUAAACUUUCUACUCCUUAUUUUCCA